CCGCCGUCAGGGGCGGGGAGGAGGUGAAGCGGGUCCGCGAGGGCAACGUCCUCAACGCCAAGGCGAAGGGGAAGACGCGGGAGGGGGCCGAGGAGCAGCUGACGAGCGGCGACCUCCUCUCCAACCGCAGGAUGUUCUACCUGCUGAAGGGCGCCUUCCCUGCCGUGCAGAUAAACUCUGAAGAACGUGUUGAUACAGCUGAUCAGGAGACAGUCUCUUGGGAUCGCAGUAUUCCUGAAGACAUAAAACAAAAAAUACAGCCUAAAGAGGUUCCAGCAGAAAGUGUUACUGUCUGGAUCGAUCCCUUAGAUGCUACACAAGAAUACACAGAGGAUCUUCGACAGUAUGUCACGACAAUGGUUUGCGUGGCUGUAAAUGGUAAACCAGUAAUAGGAGUGAUACACAAGCCGUUCUCAGCAUAUACAGCCUGGGCAAUGGUGGAUGGUGGGUCAAACGUAAAAGCUCGUUCCUCCUACAAUGAGAAAACUCCGAGGAUUAUUGUAUCCCGCUCCCAUGCAGGAAAAGUUGAGCAGGUUGCACGGCAGACAUUUGGAAAUAAGACUGUGAUAAUCCCCGCUGGUGGAGCAGGAUAUAAAGUGUUGGCCCUCCUUGACGUGGCUGAAAAGAAUCAAGAAGAAGCUGACGUGUAUAUCCAUGUCACCUACAUUAAGAAGUGGGACAUAUGUGCUGGAAAUGCAGUGUUGAGAGCAUUGGGUGGCCAUAUGACUACCCUGACUGGUGAAGAAAUUAGUUACACUGGCUCAGAUGGCAAUGAGGGAGGACUUAUAGCCAGUAUCAACAUGAACCAUAAAGCACUAAUUGAAAAACUUCCAGAUCUGGAAAAAACAUCACACAAAUAAACUUGACUGAUGGAGAAGUACAGGUUGUGCUUUUGUAGCCUCCAGACACUCUGUCUGAAGAAGCAGGUGUGAAAACCUGUUGGGAAAGGUGCAUGGCAAAGCAAGGAAGUUUGGUGUGGGUUUGGGGACUGUAUUGUGCAUUGGGUUUCUUCAGUGGUGGUAUUUAAAAAAGAAUAAAAUAAUAAUAAUCAGAAGUAGGAAGGGGACUGAUUGCCUCACCUCAGUUUCCAUGUUUUAUUUUUUUCAGACUGUUUUCAUGCAGUUCUUAUACUCAAGGUGCAUAUACAGUAUAUAUUGGUGAACAUAGGUGAACUAAAGAAAAAUCCAAAUUUAUUCAUAAAAUAACCUAAGUAGUUCUCACAGGAAUUUCUUGGAACCUUGUACAUCUUGUUACUGUAGUUGUAGCAACUUCAUAAUGAAUUAGGUAGGAAAAAAGGUUGAUUUGUGUAGACAUCUGAUAACUCUGUGAACAAUUUAGCAGUAAACAUGACCUUGUGUUCUGUAUCCCCUGAACUGAAAGCACAAGAAUAUUGACACAAAUUUAUAUGCAGCAACAGUUUAUCUUUGACAGUGUGGCACUCCUACUUUUUAAGAGAAAAGAAGAAAUGUUCUGUACUAUUUUGACAUUUUUCCUGAAGGUGUAAACCAGUUUAGUUCAGAUGGGUUGUGAAUAUUGGUGUUUUAUUAAUCAGUGUAACUAUUCCCAUAUACGUUUUUAAAAGAAGGCAACAUUUACUUGUAUAGUUUUUAACAGUUACUACUUGUCCUUGAUUUCUGCAUACAGUGUUGAAGAUGCAUGCUAGAUUUUUCUCUGAUGUAGGACUUGUUCAUCAUUUGGUGUUUGUGCCUAUAGAAGCAGCCUCUUUCUUCAGUACUUGGGUUUGUUUUGGUUUUUUUUUCCAUUGCACAGAGUCAUUUGGAAUGAGUUUUAACAGAAAUAGUAAGUUGAUUGGUUGUUCCCAUUUACAACAUGAGAUAUAAACCAGCGAUUUUUCUACAACCCCAGAAAUAACUUUCUGUCUUUUUAGAUUAAGGCACGCUCUUUUCUGCAGAAAGCUCUUGAGCCAUCCCAAACAGCUUGUGGUAAUUUGGUUUAUGCAAAUUUGCAUGGAGACCAACCAUUUGAACUUGAAUCUGUUUAAGCAAGUUUGAAGAACAUGUGGCACUUGAAAUACAGCAGGGUCUGCAAAACUUUACUGACAAAUGUUGUCAGUCCUGUAUUCACAGAACAGAACUUGGGCCCUUUGAUAGCAAAUGACAGUUUGUUGUGCCUCUAAAAUAUGUGGACUUCUAUCUGCAAAAAUGUAACCAUCUCUGUUGUUCCCUGCAUCCCUCCGAAGGGUUUCAGAAGGUUAAAAUAUACCUAUUAUUUGAAUUAUCAGUAGAUAAACUUCCCAUCUCUCCUCAGGAAAGCUAAAAUUCUUAUUUUAUACAGAUGUUUUCUCAGUAUAAGCUUAGGCUGUUUAAACCAAAUUCUUAAUUAGUUUUAUUUUAACUUUUAUCAUACUGUUCUGAUAAAAAAGAGGGUUUUCUCCUUAUGUCAGUAGUGGAGCAUGUCUAGAUACCUCUUAACUUCUAGCUGAUGUUCACACUUCCAAAAGACAUCCUCAGAUGUUGCAUAACUAUAGAUACAAUCAUUUAUUUUGUAAACUUACUGGCAAAGUAGACUGAAGUUUAGUCCUACUAGCCUUUUGGUACGGGUAGUUUUUUUUAGAUAAAUGUUUUUCCAAAAUUGACACUACUGCUGCUGUUUGAAAAUAGCUUUUACAUAUGUAGAUAAUACACAAAGCAACUUAACUUCACAUUUUUAAAUGUAAUAAAUUACUAUAUGCUGUGACAGGUGAAUAUGCCCCUUUUAAAAAGGGUCUGAUCUAUUUUGAAAAGCUUGAGCUUCCAAACCUCCAUGAAGAAUAAAAAUCCAGAUAUUUAUCAAGGCUUUAGUAAUAUUUUACAAGAUGACUGCAGGUUUUUUUCCUUCAGGCUGAUUUAAGUGACUUAAAGCCUAAUAAAAAAAAGCAAUUGUUCUGUUUAUUAGUUAAAGAACAUGGAUUAAAAAUUAAAUACGAGAAAUAGCCAUAGUUAGCCUAGUAUAAAAAUGUGAUUGUGUCACAAAGGUUGAAUGCACAGUAUUUAAAUAGGCAAUCAAGACAGUCUAUGGCAGGUCAUGGUUUUAGAUUCAGGUUGAAAUUGUGUAAACUUGUGGAAAUGUGAUUGCUUUUAUUUUGGGUACGAUUCUAUCGCUUGCAUAAACUGUGAUCAGACUUAGCUUCUGUAUGAGAAAUUAAAAGUAAUACUGCAUAUCAUACAAGGGCUUACUUACAUCUUAGUUGAGGGUAUAGAGCAGUAAACAGAAGUAUUUGCCUAAAUUAUGUUUCCUUAGGAAGUUAGGAUACAAAGAACAGUUUCAGCUCUCCUUUUCUUCCUCCCAUAUGCUAACUAAAAUAUCUGGUCUUCCAUUAGGAGGAUAUAUGCUUCUUUAGACCCGCUUAUAUCCUAAAUUGGUUUGUUGCAAUGGAUCACAGCGUUCACUACCUUUCACAGUGGGCCCUGUUAGCCUGAUCUUACUUCUCGUGGAAGAGAAGGUGAGAGUAAGGUGCCCGGUUAAUUACUUCUGUGCAGCUGGAGCUCAUACAGCUAAGGCCUAAAGUCAUGCUUGGGGUCUCCCAGUCUAGUUCAAAGAGGAGCUGCUUUGAUAUGAGAAUGAUAUGAGGUACCUGGUGAAUUAUCAGUUUCAGAUGCCAUUUUACAAUAAAAGCAGGCCAGCAAGUAUUCAGAGUAUUCAAAACUACUUGUUUAGUGCUCAUCUGUCAGUGCACUUUAAUAUUAGCUUAUAUAGUGUUGACACUCAGUAUAUCCCCUUUCUUUGACUAUGUUUACACUCCAUUCUAAAACAUUUUGCUAUUCUGACUUAAAUAUUUGUUUGGUCUCAGCUGUGUGGAUGUGAUUUAAGCUUAUACCCAGAGUGGUAUGAAAUCAUACCAUUCCCAUGUCUCAGUGCUGGGCUAGAAUAUUGUUCUUUAGAGUCUACCCUUUUCCAUAUAAAACUGUCACACCAUUUUUAGGCAUGCUACUUAAAACAGUUGCAUCGUGUAGGUGGGUCCUAUAAAAAUACGCCUUUUCUAAAAAUUGUAAUAAAAAAAAUCAAGGUGUCGUUUUAGAUCCAAACAAGGGAAUUAAGAGAAUGUAUUGUUUUAGCAUUGGUUUUCCAAUGGUGGAUUUUUUUGACUGGCUAUUAUGAUUGAGGUAAUCACAAGUGAAAUUAUUCUAAAGCCAUUUGUAUUUUUUCUUUUUCAUUCUGCUAAAACAAGUGGAUGAUAGCAUAGAUGAUACCUUGUGCUGUACCAGGAGUCCUAACUUUCAUUCCCCGAAUGAACAUUUUCUAAAUAAACAGAAAUAAAAGGGUCGAAUAUUGUACUUAAUUAGUUUGGAGAUUAACCUAUUUGAUAGACUUUUACAGAUGGACUUAUAGAAAAGCUGAUUGUUCUGAUCUAUGGCACACAUAAUAAUAAUAAUAAUAAAAAUAUUUAGCAGGGAUGGUGAAUUAACCAUGUAGGUGAAGCUGCAAAGUCAUUUAGUGAUGUUUCAUGUAUUUGCUUUUUCUUUGUGGUCAUUAGAGUGGACAGAAUUUUCUAAUUGGCUUCAGGUGUGAAGAGAUUUUGGGUUUUUUUUAAAUGGCCAGUGGUUGAAGAUCAGGGGCAUGAAGGGGAGUGGGCACUGGAGUUCAUCUCUGCUUUUUUAUUUAUAAACAGCUGUACUCCAGCAUCUUUGUAGCAUCGUUUUACUUGGAGAUGUGCAACAGCAGUGCAAUACUGUAUACUUCUGGUUUAAUAGUGUAAAGGAGGAGACUGUGUCCCCCAAGAACAGUGCAAUGAGAAGUGACAGUGUUGUGCUGGGCCUUGUCUCUGUUAAUGCAGCUGAGGCUGGCUGCUUUGUUGUCUCAUGCAUGUUGUUCCAGCUGCAGUUUCUCUGAUGGCAAAACUGCUUUUGUAGGCUAUUGCCUUCCCAGUUACACCCAGCCCCUUUGUGGAUCUGUUUUCUAAAGCUAGAGGAGAGAAAAGAAGCAGAUGGCUGUGCUGGAGAAAUUGUAAGAGAAAGCAUUUAUUUCCAAUUCUUUAUUUAAAUUACAUUGAUAGCUUCAUAUAUCUUGUCCUUCAGGGUUAGAUAACCAUACAGUUAAUAUUUAAUGGACCACAGAUAAACGCCUGUGUGAUUUUAAGCAGGAUGAGGGUGGGGGAGACUGCCUUUAUCCAAGGAGAGUUUGUAUGGAUGGCUUCCCAUCAGGCCAUUCAUGAUGAGCCUUAUUCAGUGCUUUGUUGUAAAGAUUUGGGCCCUUUUACACAAACAAUCACAGACUUGACUUUGCCAAAAUGUUAUUCAUAGUUUAUAUUCUGACCUACUAUCCUCAAUGAUGAAACUGUGGUAUAUCCACUUCAUUGUAAUGUAACUCGUUGAGACGAGACUGUGGUAACUGAGGACUCAAAAGAUUGCUUGACUUUUGAACCAAACAACUUUCUGUAUGGCAGCUCUUAUAGUGAAAUACUAGCAUCUGCUGUGAGUGUCUUACCACCCCACAAGCAGGUAGUGCCAUUCAAGCGUCCUGUUGAGAAUCUGUUGUAGCCUUAUACUACAUGAUUUUCAGAUGCCACAGCCUUUGAGCCUUUCUGAGAGGGGUUUGGAUGUGCUCAUCCAAUUUCCUUCUGAGUCUCCCUCUAAAGCCAGCAAUCAGCAGCCACUUUUCCGUCUUUGUUCCUCAUUUUUUUGUUUCUUCCUGAUCCUUGCUCCUUAGUCCAUGUGGACAAGAAAAAUGAGAGAUCAGAGGUGGAAAUGGUCCCAGAAAAAGAGAACCACAACAGCAAACUAUCCAGUUUAUCCUCAGGCUUAAUAUUUGGGACCAAGGUCUAAGGUGUUGAUCCUACCAGAAGUGUGAUAGAUGCCAACAAAAUAAAGACAUCUUGGAGAGAUUUGUGUGAUUGGUGGUACUGGACACGCAGAAAAGAUGCAGAUGGACUAAGAAGUUAAACUGUCCUAAAAAAGGAGAAGAAAACAGCUUUUCAGUGUAAUGUAAUAUGUAUUCAGCAUUUCUGUUCCUCUGGAUGCAGAGCUUCACUGCUUAUGAAAGAGGCUCCGUUGGCCCUCUGUGAAAGGCCUGAUUUUGCUGGUCAGUAGCAGUGUUCUGAAUUCAAUGUGAGCAGAAGCAAGCCAGAUAAAACAGAAACAGUAAAUUCAGCUAAGUUCUGAAGAGCUCAGCUUCUGCCAGUAGAGCAAACAACCUGGUUUGUGUUUAAACUCACUUCUGGCAGCUUCAGCAUGUUACUGGAGAAUUUGGAAACAUCACCCCAGUGUCUCAAGGUUCUAAGUCAUUCAGAUUAUUUUUUUAUGGUCUACAGCUCAUAGAGCACAUGUUCAGAUAAUAGUGUUUUCAACCCCAGUUGUUCCUUAUUUGUAAUUCAUAUUUCUCUUUUCUCCCCAAAGGACCAGCAACACUCUGGCAUUUUGCCUGUUGUCCCACCAAAUUGUAUUAGUAUUUUCCAGUUGUGUGCCAAAUUGAAAUAACAAUUCUAUAAAUAAACUCUCUGAAAAUA